CAAUUCACCAGAUCUUGGCAUCCAUGGCGGAUAAACACGGCCCUAUUUUCCGAAUCAGACUCGGCUCCCAACCAGUCGUGGUGGUGAGCGAUUCCAUAGUUGCUAAGGAAUGCUUCACGGCAAAGGACAAGGAGCUGGCAACUCGCCCCAAAUUCAUGGCGUCUGAAAUCAUGGGCUACAACUACUCCAUGUUUGCGAUUGCUCCAUACGGGGAGUACUGGGAUGGCGUGAAAUCAGAAAGAUAGUCUUGCUGGAGCUGCUGUCUAAUCGUAGAAUCGAGAUGUUAAGGAAGGUGAGGGAAUCCCACGUAAGAAAAGCCAUCAAACGUACCUUUGAUCACUGGUCACACAACAAGGAUCCAACUUCUGGGGCGGUGGUAGUGGAGAUGAGGGAAUGGUUUUCGAGGUUGAUCAUGAACCUCUCCAUAGCUAUGCUUUUUGGGGAGGAAGAAGUGGCAGAAGAAACCCAACUCUUGAAGUCCAUUGGGAGACUGUUUGAGCUGUUUGGAGAGAUGUUGGUGUCAGAUUUUAUUCCCUGGCUGAGAUGGAUGGACAGAGGGUACGAGAAGGCUAUGAGGAAGACUGCUGAGGAAAUAGAUUGCGCUGCAGAUAGGUGGAUUGAGGAGCACAGAAGAAAAAGAAAUCAAUUGAAAUCUAAAGAAGAAGAAGACUUUAUGGAUGCCAUGCUUUCUCUAUUUGAUGAUCCAUCCAACCAAACUCAUCAUCCUCUUGGACUUGAUAAUGAUGUCAUUAUCAAAUCUACUUGCUUGAACUUGCUUGUAGCUGCCACUGACACAACUAGCGCAACAUUGACAUGGGCUCUCUCCUUAAUACUGAACAAUUAUGAUGUGUUGAGGAUGAUCCAAGAUGAGCUAGACACCAAGAUUGGAAAACAUAGUGCCAUUAUUGAUGAAUCUGACGUAAAUCAAUUGAUUUACCUCCAAGCUGUCGUGAAAGAAACAUUGCGUUUAUAUCCACCAGGUCCACUCGCUCUACCCCAUGAGGCUAUAGAAGACUGCACUAUUAAUGGCUACCACGUUCAGAAAGGCACUCGUGUAAUACCAAACCUUGCAAAGAUUCAUCGCGAUCCAAAAGUAUGGGUAAAUCCUAAUGAAUUUAGGUCAGAGAGAUUCUUGACUACUCACAAAGACAUUGAUGUCAAGGGCAAUCAUUUUGAGAUAAUUCCAUUUGGUAGUGGUAGAAGAAUGUGCCCUGGUAUAACUCUGGGUUUACAGAUGGUGCAUUUGAUACUUGCUUGCUUGAUUCAAAGCUUUGACAUGCAAAGACCAUCAAUAGAGCCAAUUGAUAUGGCACAAAGCCCAGGAUUAACUAGCCCCAAGGCCACUCCACUCCAUGUUCUCCUAAUACCACGCUUGGCUUCAGAUUUGUAUGGUUAAUUAAUGAAUAUAUAAGAGAGAUUAAUUCUAUUAU